AUGAAUGUUGAUAACAUGGAUGCUAUGCUACAAGACCCAUUUGCCUUUCAAAAGGACCAGUCAAUAGUCAUAAUGACUCGCAAGCAAAAAUCAAAUCAUCCCAAAGGCACCUGCAAGUACUCUGACAUUGAUGCAGCGCACCUCAUAAAUCACCUAGUUACUUCAUUUGAAGGGUUUUUUGUGAGGACAUUAGGCGGGGCUGAAGAGCUUGUGGCCUCACAGUUUUUUGGUCCGGCCCAAGCUACCGCUGUAGUCAAAACAAUUGAUCAGAUCAUACAAGUUGACCCACACAAUCUGGACCUUUUGGAACAAAAAAUGGGAGGAGGGUUUUUCCCUGGACAAGUCAAAUGGAUAGACCAUGCAAUUACUGAAUGGCUGGAUGGGGAAUAUCACCAAGAUUUACAAGAGGAAAUUGCGGCCCAGGCUGCAGAGAAGACCUAUAAAGCACAGGUUGAAGCAUUGGAGAAGCAACAACUGAAAGAACAAGCGGCAGAAGAUAGGAAAAUACUCGCCGAGGCCAAAAGACUUGAGAAGCAAUUGAUAGCAGCACGGAAAAGAUUCUUGGAUGCCAAAGAACAAAAAAGAAUUUCUGAUGAAAAAAAACAAUGCCAAAUACUUGCUGUAUUGGAACACAAACAAAACUUGGCAUUGGAACGACUCCGAGUCGCGGAGAUUAAAAAACAAACAAAAGCCCAGGAGAUUGAAAGACAGGCCAAUCUGUCUCCCGAACAGAGAAAGCAAGAGGCGCUUGAGCGAAAGCGGGCAAAAGAUUUGAUGGCAUAUGAAAUGCGGCGCAAAAGGCUGAAGAACUCGCCAUAA